AUGAACGAAAAAGGUAAACACAUCAUCGAGCCGGACGAGCUGUUGAAGCUGCACCACGACUGCUACCACGCCUACCAUUUUGAGUGCACCACAUGCGAGCAGACACUGACGUCGACUGGCCGGCGAUUGAAUGAAAAGUGGUACUGUGAGCGGUGCUAUGAUUUACAAUGCCCGAGCUGCUACGAGUGCAAACGGGCCAUAGACCCCGAUCAAGAGCGUUCGGUGGCUGCCAUGGGGCACCAUUAUCAUGUUGAGCAUUUCCGAUGUGCGCGCUGCCUCGUACCCUUUCACGGAAAGCCAUUUUUCGUCAACCGCGAGCUGCCCUAUUGCCAAAAGGACUACAUCGAGAAUUUCGGGGAGAGAUGCUUUGUGUGCUCCCGCGGACUCACCGGGGAAUCAGUGCGAAUUUUUAACAAGGACUUUGAUAGCGCCGAGGGCCGCCCGAAUUUCGUCGCCAACUCGACGGUCCGCGACGACAAGGCACAUGCAGAUCGUAACCCGCUGCACACCAUCAUCACCGACAUGUUCGUGCUGAGCAAACAGCCCGAGACGUACGACCCGGCUUCUAACUAUCUCCAUCCGUAUCUGCGCCGGCGUACCAGCGGCACCCUCCGCCAAUUCAUCGCCAACUUCCUGGAGCGCAUGCCCCGCUGUCGCUACGCCGAGAAGCUCUACUUUACGAUCUGGCUCAUCAUCGUGCCGCUGAUCGCCAUCGCCGGCGUCAUCUACGCGUUCAAAGGGGUCUUCAUCUGGGAGCUCAGCUAUCAACUCGUGGCUCUGGGCACGCUGACGCUUGCGACGGCCGUGUACAUCUACUGCAGCAACCUCUACUCCCGGGCGCGCGUCGAUAUCGCCUCGAUGUUCUUUGUCGUGGCGAUCGGCAUCCACGUGGUCGAUAUGCUCGCCCUCCUGCUCCACAUUCUCUGCUUCAAGCACGAGCAGAAGUUGCUAGUCUCCGUGCUGAACACGGUUCACCUCCUUGUCAGCGCCAUCCUGCUGACGGCUUCGAUCAUGUCCUUCUUCGGGGACAAAUCAUCGACGUCUUCGAGCCCCGACCCCACAACUACCUCCGACCCCGAAGCUACCGUCGACGACGAAAAAUACGCGCUCGUCAUUCUGAUCGUCCUCAUCGUCAACCUGCUGGCCACCAUUAUCUCGUUCGUGGGCGUUUGCUGCGUGCGCAAGUGGUUCAUGCAGUUGCCGCUCAUUGUCAUUGCGGCCCUGUGCAUGGCCACGUUCGGCUAUAUCGUCUUCCACUUGAUCAAGAAGGAGGCAUGGACCUUGGUCUACGUUGCGCUGGGCGGCUUCGUCUGGUGCCUCAUUCACCUCGUGCUGCUCAUCGUGCUGCUCGUCAUGCAGAUGAAGCAAAGCAAGGAGGAGGAUGGCGGCAGCCGCAACAGCAAGAAGAGCAAGAAGGGCAAGAAGGGCGGCAAGGACAAGAAGAGCAAAAAGAAGAAGGACAGCGACGACGAUGAGGGGAGCAAGAUGAGCUCCACGUCGUCCGGCUCGUCGCAGGCC